AUGUCACCAGACUUAAAUACCUUUGCAGCAUCGACAGAGGAGUCUAUUUGUCACCCUGCUCGUAACCUCACCAUCACUGAUGCUGGAGACCAUGGAGCACUCGAUGGACGUGGCUCGUCGCCUCGCUCCACAUCUACCUCCCUACAGGCUGCAGCGGCAGUUAAUGCAGGGCUGCAGCACGAAGAUUCUGGACACUUUUCUCUAGAUUCUUCCACCAGGAACAAAGAGCCAUCUAUCUCCCUGACAAAUCGAAGGCGCUCAGCUAUCAUGGCAAAUCUGCAACUAAACGACCCAACAAUUCCUGCCCCCGGUGAAAUGAUUAGUGAGGAUUCGUUAUUCCCAAACUCUCAGACAACAACUUCUCCAACUUUUUUGCCACGAAGCUUUCACGGUGAACGUGUACCAAGCUUGGGCCAAAUACACCAAUCAAUAGAGGAGGAGCAAGAGGCACAAGUUAACCGACUUCUUCAAAUGAUUUCAAGCCAGCAACAACAUCUACGACAACUCCAAGAAAAUAGAAUUCACAGUUCUUCCAUUGCUCCUCAUGAACAGGCUAACAAUUCAUCUGAAUAUUCUGUUACUAUUCCUUCUACUAGCAGCCCUUUUCCUAAUCUGCGCUCCCCUGCUUUAAGUCUCCCACGAAGCCCUAUGGAUCAUUACCGGACGGAUUUUCGUCACCGGAUCCCUGCAUCUCAACAAGAAUCAGUUUCUCCUAGAUUAAGAUCUAUCUCAAACAGUAGAGAGAGAGAGAAAUCCUGGGUGUUAGGCUGUCGUGAUGAAAAUGCUUUUUAUCAAGCAGAAACCCAAAUAAUGAUUAGAGAGAAUCAGAUGUUACGACAAAGGAUCAAGGAGCUAGAGCGUCAACUACAUGAUGUUGGAUUGAAUUCUCUAUCGCACGAGCCUACCACACCAUCACAGUUACUCAUAUCCGAGUCUACACUUGAAAAUUCGGCGCAAGGAACUCCCGAAGAAAAUGCAAUGAUUUUAACGCAAUAG